AUCCGGUGAAACAUCUAGGGGGUGCUAUCAUUGAGUUAUAGAUGGGAUGUUUCCAUCAUGGCGGCAUCCAUUUCGGGAUAUACUUUUAGUUCUGUGUGUUAUCACAGCGCUAACAGCAACUCUGAUCAUGAGGGAUUCCUUUUAGGAGAAGUUAGGCAUGAGGAAACUGUCAGCAUCAGUGAUACACAGAUCUGCAGUUCUGAACUACUCCAAGUAGUAGAAGUCCACAAUCAUGAACCUUGUGCACAGUUAUUUAGCUUUUAUGAUUAUGCUGGACAAGUCAAUGAAGAGAGUCUUAACAGAAUUCUUAAAGACAGACGGAAAAAUGUCAUCGGCUGGUACAGGUUCAGGAGGAACACGCAGCAGCAGAUGUCAUUCAGGGAACAGAUCAUCCAUAAGCAGCUGACCCAGCUCCUGGGAGUGCCUGACCUAGUCUUCCUCCUCUUUAGCUUCAUCUCCACAGCCAACAACUCCACACACGCGCUGGAGUAUGUGCUGUUCAGACCCAACCGCAGCAGGUACAACCAGAGGGUGACCCUCAGCAUCCCAAACCUGGGCAACACCAGCCAGCAGGAAUACAAGGUCUCCUCUGUCCCCAACACCUCACUCAACUACGCCAAGGUCAUCAAAGAGCAUGGGGCUGAAUUUUUUGACAAAGACGGUGUGAUGAAGGAUAUCAGAACAAUUUUUCAAGUCUACGGUGCACUACAAGAUAAAGUGCAAUCUGUAUGUGGAGAGGUUGAGCAGAGUGAACGUGUGAAAGAGAAAGUCCAGGAGGAGGUGAACAAACUCAAACAGCAAAUUGUUCUCAGGAAACGAAAAACCACAGAUGAAGAGAGAAGACUCCAGGAAGCGCAGAACCCUGAGCCACGUCCCACUCCUGAGGAGAACACAGAGCCCCCGGAGACCUCCCUCCUGUCCAGAGUGGCCUUCCACACCCCAUCCACCCCCGAGCGGCCAGGUCCCUCCGCAAACCCUCCUGCCUACGCAGACCUCCUCUCCUUGCAGAACGACUCACUUCUCCCCUUCUCAUCCUCCCCUACCAGUGCUGCGCUGCUCCCCCGGCCCCAGGCUGUGGGCUCCCCAGGCCACCCUUCUCCCAGCCCAUUAGGUCUGGGCCGCAGUGCUGGCCCCAACCUUGCUCCUAGCCCUGGUACGCCCUACCUGGGAAACGGGGACGGAUCCAGCUCUGACUCCCUGGACAGACAGGCCGCAGGGCAAGAGGAUGAUGACGACGAGGAGGAAGAUGAUGAUGAGGACAGCAGCGAGUACGAGAAUCUUGUGAGCGAGGUGGGGCAGUUGCCCUCAGUAUCCGCCAGUGUGUUGCUGCAGGGCCGCCCAGCAGCCCUCAGUCCGGACGGCGACGCCUCAGUCCGUGGCUCACAGACCUAGUAGAUGGGAACGUGGGGGGGAGGCUCAAUUAACUGACGCACCGGGAUAGGAGGGCGUCCAAACCAAUCAAAGAUAAUUCUUCUAUAUUACAGAGGAAGUGCCAGCCCUGAAAAUAAAAGGCAUGCGCAGGUGGGGUAUUCCGCUGUGUAUAUCUGUUUGUCUUAGUUUGAUCUCUAUUCUGGGGGGGAUGUCAAGCUUCAUGGGGUUUUACUUUUCUGUCUAGCAUGGAAAAGAUAGUCCAUUGGAGUCUGGCUCUCUUUGGUGGAUGUGUUUUGAUUUGGGGACGGAGGACGUUAUAAUGGAAUAAACGCCAACCGGUUUGUCCGACCUCUCCGUAUGGAUAGACCCACUCCGCUUUUCCUGGAUCAUGCUGCGUCACAUCUGCAUCUCCAACUUUAAGCAUCCAAUUGUACCAUUACCUCUUGCACUAUUUUUGCUUUCUUUUAACAAUUUAAGAAAAUUGCGGCCUUCAAACCUUUUCUUCACUUUGUGAGACAGUUUUUUUUUGGGGGGGGGGGUGAUUUGCUUAUUACAAAAAAGAAGAGAGAUGGUGGUAACUGCCAAAGUAAUGGAAACACUUGAGAAAGUAUAUUCAAAGCAGGUGCUUCCACACAGGUGGGGAACCUGAGUUAAGAAAUUAUCAUCCCAUCAUGCAUAAGGGCAUGUAUAAAAAUGCUUGGCAGGCCAUUAUUUUGGCUACUAUAGCUAUGCCACCAACCACAGGGCACGAGUGGUUACUGAAUGGUUUGAUGAGCAUGAAAACAAUGUAAACCAUAUUCCAUUGCUGUCUGUCACCAGACCUCAUCCCAAUUGAACACUUAUGGGAAAUUCUGGAGCGGUGCCUGAGACAGCAUUAUUCACCACCAUCCAUGUCGCAUCCCUCCCAAGUUCCAGACACUUGUAGAAUCUAUGCCAAGGUGCAUUGAAGCUGUUCUGGCCCCAACGCCCUAUUAAGUCACUUUAUGUUGGUGUUUCCUUUAUUAUUGUCAGUUAUGUAUGUAAACUAUCAUUUCGUUAGCCUGCACGGUUCUAGACACUCAACUUUGAACUGUCAUUAGGAUUUAAUUUCCUUUUAACAAGCAAUGUAUUUUUAUGAAUCAUGCGGUUGCCUAUUUAGAUGACGAAGAAUAGUUUUUAUUCAAAGUUUUCCUUUGCCACUACUACAAUGGGUGCUUAUAUUAUUUUUAUGACAACGUUAAUGUCACUCUGUCUCAUUCUUCUAUAAUAACACUGAAACUGUAUGCGCUUUGCUGGACUUAACAAAUGUAGUUGAUUUAUUUUAUUGUGCUUUACCAAUGCGGUUCAGUUGUGCUACUUGAGUAGUAUGCUUUGACCACCUGAGCAGAGCUAGCUCAGCUUUUGCACAUUGUAUGGGGUCGACAGGGCGAAAACACAACUUACUGUAGCUUUACUAACCAGACAACACUGCUGCAUCAGAGCAAGCAGUAAACAAGAAACUGCUUCUACAUA